CCUCUGCACUUGUUGAGGCUGGGCAGGGUCUCAACUGCAGCCUGGCCCAGCCAUAGCACUGAUGCCACAGAAGGCAGGUCUCUGCUUGCCAGCAGCUGCACUGAUGAGGUCUGCUUCCAGAUUCCCUCUGUGAUCUUCCCCCUCACUUAUCCUGGUAUUCAUGUGAUGGUGUGGGGCUGACAAAAGGGCUCUGGGUAUUACUGAUGGGCAAACAGGGGCACGUUUCUCCUUGUUUCACAGAAACCAUUUUCUUUUGUGUGUGUGCUUUCACUGCUUUCACCAAAUAUGUGCAAAAUAGCUGAUAUGAGCAGGUUACAUUGCAGGCCUAGAUGGAGUGGACCAGGCAUGUAACUUGUCACACUGAUGUGUAUCAUUAGCUAAGGGGAAAUUAUAGUCAGGGAUAUGGAAUGAGGAACAGUUAGAAGGAAGGAAUGGUGCUCCACCAUUCACUAUCCAGCUGGCCCUUCACCUUUAGGGCUGUAACACUUCAAAGGGUGUCUCAGCAGCAAGCCAGAGACUGCAGCCCUGGUCUCCUGCCAGCAAAUGCUGGGUGAAGCUCCAUCGUUGGAAACAGCACAUACGUGCAAUGAAGUUUUUAUUGUAUCUGUGUGUAGGGAGAGUAUUUUAUCCAUGUGAACAUACCACCAUCUCAUGUGCAUUGGUAAUAAUGGAAGAUAAAUCUUGCAUGUAGUGCUUGGGAGCUUCUCUGGCAGAUGGUUUAUUUUUUUGAAUGCUACUAUAGCAAUGGGAUAGUCUGCCUUUGUCCUCUGCAAAGCUAAGGACUACUGAGCAGAGGUGUGGGACUGAACACCAGUUUUGAGUCCUCGGCUUCAGGCAGAAGUCCCUCAAGUUGAAAUGUCUCAGGUUACUGGUUAGAGCUUGCAGUUCUCAGCAUCAUCCAGAUCUGUUCUCCAAUGGAGUGGAACCAAGAAUGAACCUGAAAUGGCUACAGACAGUGUUAUUGUCAAACAAAGAGGGAACCACUGCUCCAAUCCCAUGGUCAAAGACCUGGUAUUGUGGUGCAACAAACAGAAGUGGACAAAUCUACUUGGCCUGGAGGUUCUGCAGUUUGCUCCUGAGUGGCUGGAGAGGCGGCCAUUGGUCUGUGCUGGUGGCAGCACCAAAGCUGUGCUGCUGUGAUGGGGACAGUGAGGCUCGCUGGGACUGGGGAUGUUUCUCCUGACGAUGGAGCUCUCUGUUCUGCUAUUGCCGUGCACCCACCGAAAAGUUCAUUAGCACUGUUAAUUGAAAAGGGAAAAAGACUCGAUAGGGGGCUUGGCCAAUCCUCCCCUUUGCUUUGGCGGGGCUUCCAUCAGGCAAGGACUUGUUGGACAGUGCGGCCCUGGCACGGCUCAUCCCACCGUGCCAAGGCCGGGCUCCAGCCUCCUCCCGCCCCGCUCGCUCCCCGCAAAGCUCUGCCCUCCUCGCCCGACAUCUCUUUCAAAAGAAACUUCCAAGCGGGAAGGCUUUUCCCUGCCUAGGGCGGAGCGGCGGCACGAGAGCCUCGGAUGAAGCCGCUCAUCAUUUCAGAACCCGAACCGACCCCGCAGCCCCCUCAGGCCGCGGCAUCCGCCGCUGCAGCCGCGACCGCCGCGCCACAGGCGGCGCUGUCCGCCCCGCCGCCGCGGGCACGGCCCCGCCGCGUGACGCGCCGGUCCCGGGUGACGAUUGGCUGAGAGCGGUCACGUGAGCGGGACGCGAGGCGGGGGCGGGGCCGCGGUUGCCGGGGCGACACCGGCGGCGGCUGAGGGGACAUUGGGACAGGCUUUAUCAGCGAUGAGAAGUAGCAGCAGCCCUUAGCAAUGGGUGAUGUUUUAGCGUAUGAAGCUGAGUUGCUUGGACUAGUGAAAGAGUAUUUGGAUUUUGCUGGAUUUCAAGAAACAGUGAAAGUAUUUAAAAAGGAAUGUAAAAUAAAAGGGAAGCCACUACCUAAACCAGCAAAUGUUUCCUCAGAAGAUUCAUUGCCUGUUCAGGAAGAAAUGCUUACAGCAUUUGAAGAUGGUGAUCAGAAAGUUUUCUUCCAGCUCUGGGAGGAGCAUAUUUUGUCUUCAGUCCAUGACAGUGAUCCAGUUGCUCAGAACCUGGAGUUCUAUCUCCACAUCUACUUUGCCACCUUCCUCUUGAAACAAACUAUGGGAAAGCCUGACAAGGCCGAACUUGACAAAAGGAUUUCUUAUUUCAAGGCAUACCUGGAAACAAAAGGAGCUGCACUGAGCCAGACCACAGAGUUUCUUCCCUUCUAUGCUUUGCCCUUUGUUCCAAACCCCAUGGUACAUCCUUCAUUUAAAGAACUUUUCCAGGAUUCUUGGACACUGGAUUUAAGGACAAGAUUGGAAACGUUCCUGUCUCUGGCUCUUAAAGCCAGACAGACUCCUCGGCUUCUCACUAUAUUUAAGGAGAGUGGACAGUGCAACAAAGAAAUGAUGCAACAUCUUCAUCAGCAGUUAGUGAAGCGUGAGCACAGGUACAUGACCAACCUGAAACGAUUGCGCAAGUUGCAGAUGGACUACCGUGGCCUCCUUGAAGUCACUGCAGAGCUGGUGGAUUCUUUGGAGGCCACAGUCACUGGCAAGAUGAUUACACCAGAGUAUAUUCAAAGUGUUUGUGCUUGCUUGUUUAACAAUCAUUUGAAACAAACUGUAACACACAACAUUGACUUCACAAGGCCUGGAACUGGAUAUUACUCUAUGAGCCCUUGUGAUGACGGAUAUGCUUCCACACUGUUAAGGGCAUCUUUAUCUUCUAUGAAGGUGCAGGAUGUGCCAUUGCUGCCCUCUCUGGAUUAUGAGAAGCUGAAGAAAGAUCUGAUUACAGGAAGUGAUCGUCUCAAGGCCCUCUUACUGCAGGCUCUGCGCUGGCGUUUGACAACAUCAUAUCCUGGAGAACAGAGAGACACUAUCAUGCAAGCUUACAUCAGUAAUGACCUCCUAGAUUGCCACAGCAACUGUCAGAGAAGUGUCCUCCAAUUAUUAUAUUCCAAGAGUGAGGUAGUCAGACAGUAUAUGGCAAGGCUCAUCAAUGCUUUUGCUUCACUGAUAGAAGGUCGUGCCUACCUUUCUCAGAACCUAACAUUGCUGCAAAUGCUGGAGGACAGGCUGAAAGCUGAAGACAAGGAUUCCCUUACAUGGGAGAAUGUUCUGGGGGCUCUGCAGAAAUUCAGCCUCAGGCGCACACUGCAGUCAGCAAUGAUCAAAGAUGGGCUCAUUUUCUGGCUGGUUGAUGUUCUAAUAGACCCAGAUUGCCUGUCUGAUUACAACCUGGAGUAUUGUGCUGCCUUGCUCAUGAAUCUUUGUCUGAGGAGUGCAGGGAAGAAAAUAUGUGCAAGUAUCCCAAACCCCAUGCUCAGAGUUCUUUCUGGUCUUCUUGACCAUGAGAAUCCUAAGAUCCAGUCAUAUGUGAAUGGAGUGCUGUACAGUAUUCUGGCCAUCCCUUCUGUCCGAGAAGAAGCCAAAGAAAUGGGAAUGGAAGAAAUUCUGCGCUGCUUUAUCAAGGAGAGAAAUGAAGAGAUGGUUCGACAGAUGGAAUUUGUUAUCAAGCAGCUCAAUUCAGAAGAGCCAUUCAAUGAUAGUAUUGUGUCUGAUGAUGAUGAGGAAGAGGAGUAUGAGGAAGAGGACAAUGACAUCCUGGAGCCUGAUCUGGACAAAGAUGAGGUUUUGCUGCCUCAGCUGGGGGAGCUUUCAGGAGAGAAGCUGCUAACAACUGAGUACUUGGGAAUAAUGACUCACACUCCAAAAACUAAGAAGAAGCAAUUUGCUGGUGUCCAGCAGAGUAUAGAUGAGCCACUCCAGAGACCUGUGACACCAGGUUAUCACAGAACUGCAUAUCUAACGCCAGAAAACGGAACCAGUUCCUGUCACGAUAGGGAUGAGAAGCUGCAGUCUCCGGCGAGCGGUCCUUCCUCCGCCUGUGGUGGGAGACAGUCCAGCAUUUCUGACUUCUGCAUUUCCCCCUCAUCAGCAGUUGAAAUGAAGUCGUCUGAAGUAUUUGCAUCAGGUCAUAGAAUGGACCAACACAUCCCAGCUGGUGAUACCUUAUCUUCUCAAUCUGCUGAGAACUUCACUGAGAACAAAGGAAAUGGUCAAUCACACAGCGACUUUGCCCUAGCCUUCACCAGCAAACCUAAGAUCCCUCGCACUCCUGACGGCCAGAGCAGCAGUCCUAGGAAGGGAAAGGUCCCAGCCAUUGCCCCCCAGUUCUCUCAGUCUGGACCCCAACAAUCAAGCCAUCCAAGCCCCUCAGGAUCUACAAGGAGUAGACAGAGCAGCCAGUCCUACAGGAAGUGAGAACAGUUCCUUUCCUCGAGAAUCACCUGUCACAUUGCUGAAGGACAGAGCCAGCUUCCUGUAAUGAGCUUUACUGGUGACCUGCAGAGGAGAGUGAGGUUGUUGACACUGCAGCCUUGCACAGGGAUUGGGGAUUAUCUGAUGGGAUGUGUCUGUGGCCUCUAAAACCGGCUAAGACAAGGGCCUUCUUAUUAGAAUUCGAGGUCUCAGCAGCAGCCCAGGACUGACAUGGGAGAUGGAUAUUUUCUGAUUGUUUACUCUAAAGUGACAUUGCCACCUUGAGAAGAAACUCUUGCUCUCUGCCUUCUGUGUCAGUGUAAAUGACCUUUGGAAACAGAAUGUAGGCUCAGCCUAGGAGUUUUACCAAUAAACUGUAUUUUUUACUUAUUGCCUGCUGAAGCAGCCUGCCAAUUGCUUUUUUAGAAUUCUGCCUGUGUGACUGGGUUGGGAGGUAUCUGUGUUCAAAGGAACUGUGUGAAGAGGGACAGUGACUGCCACAUGUGCAGAGCCUUCCAGCCCAGAGCAGUCCUGUGUGGGGUGAGAUCUUCCUGACCCUGAAGAGGAGGUAUUUUAUCAACUUCUGGUUGACCUGUAGCAGAUGAAAAACACUGUUACAGUGCCCAAGGCAGCAUCCAUGCUCCCCUCUGAGGUCUUUAUCUGCAGCAAUUACUCCUAUUACUUCUUUCUGCAUUUUUUUGUUAAUUCUACUGUUUAACAUCUGUGGAAUGAAAAAUCUUUUUUUUUUUUUUUUCUGGAAUGAAGAGCUUUGCUUCUUCAUUCAUAGAAGAAACCAUGAGAAUGUGAACAGAUCAGAAGCAACUUUCUCUUUACAUGUAACUGUGCUCAAUCUUCUUUGGUGUUUGUUGUUUUUUUUUAUGUUCUUCAUUUCAGAGCAAUGACUCUUUAUGUCUUUAUGGAAUUCGUGCUGGUCUUUGGUGCAUGUGAAGUGCUGGCUAGGCAAGAGAGAUCAGGAAUCCUUCCACUAAAUAAAAAGCAGUAGUUAGUUCUGCCAGUGAAUUACAAA